CGGGGCAAGCUUGACUGAUAGGAGAGAGCUGACUUGGACAUAAAGGUGUGAGCGGCUUGUUCAGCUCAUCUUUGCAAAUCCUCCCCCUGCCCACGGAUAUAUGCCAGUUCAAACAUCAGCCUCUGCAACUACCCCUUCGUGCUUUGUGACGCCGACUUCUCUGCAUAUCUUCACUUUCGGUUGCCAUCGAUAACCUCACUUGCCGAGAGCAGGAUCUAUCCCCAUCAUACCUCAAGGCCCGGGAACUAGACGAGGGAUUUUGCAGCGCCAUGUCCGCCGCGGGGCUUCACAAGAUGGAAUCGCGCAAGUCGCAGCGCUCCGUGCUCUCCAGCGUAUCCCCAUUUGUCUCCGGACACGCUCGCGCAUCGACCGAGUCGGCAACAAUGGAUGACGGUAGCAGUAGCAGCAGCAGUUACCCCAACGGGAGCGCCAACGGCAGCGGCCAUGACGGGCGCUCUCGUCCCUCACUCCUCACACGCGCCAAGUCCAGGGCGACCCGCAAGCGCCCUCUGUCCUACGUCCCGACCAGCGUGUCCUCCCUGCUUGCAGAUCCAGAUCCAGAGAGCUUUUCCGACAAGGAGCUCAAGGGCUUCAACGGUGUUUUUCCACAGCCGGAAGAAGGCUGCCUACCGAAACUGCCGGCACGGCUGACCGAGGAGCAGCAGCACAAGUACCAACAGAUCCUGGAGCAUUUCCAGGGCGUGAAAGAGUACCCCAUCGUGUUGCCAGACAAGCGUGCGACCGGAAAAGCGGCCGAGACGCGCGCACCGAGCGAAUGGGAAAAGAUGCGCAUGCUGACGCGCGACAGCAUGCUGCGCUACCUGCGUGCGGCCAAGUGGGACGUUGAGGUGGCCAAGAAGCGACUGACGGACACGAUUGCCUGGCGCAGAGAGUACGGCGUCGACUCGAUCUCGCCGGAGGAAGUCGAGCCGGAGGCCAAGUGCGGCAAGGAGACCGUGCUCGGUUUCGACCGCCACUGCCGGCCGUUGCACUACAUGCAUCCGCACAGGAAUGACACGGAGGAAUCCCCGCGCCAGAUGCGCUUCGCAGUCUGGAUCCUCGAGGCGUGCAUUGACAUGAUGCCGCCCGGCGUCGAACAGCUCGCUUUACUCAUCAAUUUCGAGCACAAGAGUCGCAACCCGACAAGUAUCAGCAACGCCAAGCUCAUGCUUUACAUCUUACAAAAUCAUUACGUCGAGCGCCUCGGUAUUGCGCUUUGUAUCAAUGUCCCGUGGAUCUUCAAGGCCUUCUACAACGCAGUUCAGAGCUUCAUCGACCCAAACACCAAAGCCAAGGUCAAGUUUGAUGCGAGCAUUAAGGAUGAGGUACCGCUUGCGCAGCUGAGCGGGGACUUUGGUGGUCAGCUCGACUUUACAUAUGACCAUACAGCCUACUGGCCCGACCUGGUACGCGUCAUCAAGGAGCGACGCGAGCAGAUGCUGAGCCGCUUUCUGGAAAAGUGCAAUGGUGAGAUCGGAGCUGCCGAGUGGGUCAUCCGCGGCGGGGAAGAUUACGCCGAUGCGCCGCUCUCUAAGGAGACGGGGAAGGAGCCCACGAAGGAGAUUGUGCCGGAGAGCUUGCUCACGGGUGGUGCAGCUGCAGAUGCCAGCGCCGAUGCUGUCGCCCAGACGCCGACGCUGAUGGCGGCCCAAGCGCCAGGCUCAAGCGGUGCGGAUCAGGAAGGGCGACAGCAAGCGAUCGAAGCUCCACAGAUGCGAGAGACACUCUCCGCCUCUGUUUCUGCGGCAUGCAUCACAGAACUGGCCACAUUGUCCGCCACUGUAGGGUCCACAACGAAGGCCAACGGCCACGCUCAGCAAGCCAGCGGCGAUGAACGUGCCGACGGUGGCGCGAAUCUUGCUGCUGCAGGAACUGCUGAUGCACACGUAGCAACGCUUGGAGAGAAUCGAGGCAUGUCCGAGCUGGACCGGACGAGCUCUGUGGUGAUGAGCGGUGGCGAGGUCUUCGCGACGCCGUCCACGACACUCAGCGACAAUCCGCUCGAGCGGCAAUUCAGCAUCGCAACGACCACGGGCACACGGGAGGACGUACAGCUGGAGAGCACCAUCGAAGAGCCCGCUACGAUCAUAGGGGAUGCCAUGGUCGUCGCCUCUGGGAUUUCGCCUUCGCCGUCCAUCUCGGUCGCAGCCACGCCCGAGACGCCCAAGAAUAGCAAGCACCCGUUCAUGGAGAAGCUGACCAAGCGCAGCUCCACAUCGCCGAGCAAGGAGAACAAGAAAAACAAGCAUGAUAAGGACGACUCGGUCAGCUCUGUCCCUGAUCCAGAGACGCCGCGUGAUGCGCGACACUGCCUCGGCCACGAGCACGAUGAUGCUCAGCACCACAGUGGCCAGUUCAAAGACGGCUUCCAGGACUUUGUCCGCGGGGGCUCGCACUUCUUCAAGAACCUUAAGGCCGGCGUAGCCGGCGUUGGGCUGGGCCAUGCAGGCGGCCACCAUUAUAAGCGCGCCGACAGUCGAAACAUCAGUGCUGCGAGCACGGUUGUCGGCGAGGAUGACAAGAAGCCCCGGCCGCCGUCGUCAUCAUUACACACCUCGAGUCCGCGCAAGCAAGGGUCCGCUGAUUCGCAGAAGACUUUUCCGAUGGCCAAUGGCCAUGCGCACGGCGCGGAUGUUAACGCUGCGGAAGGGGCAGGCGCGGUGGGCGUAGCAACGGUCAGCGCAUCAAAGAUCAACGGACACGCACACGAGCCUAACAGCGCGGAGGAGGACUCGUCAGCAACGGUGGCAGCAGCGCCUUUGAGCGGGAAGACGGUUAAAGUGCUCUAUUUUGCUGGCGCACGAGCGGCGAUCAAGAAGAGCGAGGAGGACGUCGAGCUGCCCGAGACGCCGUUUGCACUGGCGCAACUGACCGCAAUGCUGGUGAAGAAGCAUGAAAAGGAAGAUCUGCUCGGCGAUUUCGAGAGGACGGUCAAGGCGUCCAAGUGGAGCGUCGAUGAAGAGAUGGUCGACGUCGAACAUGCAGCGUCGACGAUGCUCAACGGAGGCGAAGAGGUAGCUGUCAUUCCGCCCGUUAGUGGCGGUUGAAAGUACAUCUCGGGCUACGAGUGAAGAAAAGAGUCGGCAAAACAAUGAUGUCUCGUCUUCCCGUUCGUUAGGCCCUUUUCAAUGGGUCUGCGU